UAUAAUGAGCUUUACAGGUCAGGUUCCCCAUUGGUAAAUUACUCGGUCUAUUCUACUAUUUUGAAUUUUUUUUUAUUAACACCGAUUAAAAAGGCAUAUAUAUAUAUGUCUGCUCCAUUUUUUUUGCCUUUCCCUUUCAUAUUUUUUGUUUAGUUAAUCCAGUCGCGUGGCUGUAGCUCAAUCAUUCGGGAAUUAGGUGUGUACCGAAAACUAUAAAUAUUUGUUCAUUUUCAUAAGACUUUCCAGAGGUGAGUAUCACGAUUACAGCUGUAUUUUUUUACUGAUGCAAGUAUUUGUCUCCACGUGUUUUGAACUACUACUGGAAGAAUACCGGUGCAGCCAGAACAGUCAAAAUGAAUUCGUCUAUGACGGCAAACGAAAUUCGUCAAGCUUAUAUAGACUUCUUCAAAAGCAAGGGCCACGAAUAUGUUCAUUCAAGCUCUACAAUCCCUCACGACGAUCCUACACUUUUGUUUGCUAAUGCUGGAAUGAAUCAGUUCAAACCAAUCUUCCUGGGAACAGUAGAUCCUAAUAGUGAUAUGUCUAAAUGGGUACGUGUAGUUAACACACAGAAGUGCAUUAGAGCUGGUGGCAAACAUAAUGAUUUGGAUGAUGUUGGAAAGGAUGUGUACCAUCACACCUUUUUUGAAAUGAUGGGGAAUUGGUCCUUUGGAGAUUACUUCAAGAAAGAAAUAUGUACUUGGGCCUGGGAGUUGUUAACAAGUGUUCUUAAAUUACCUGCUAAUCAAUUGUAUGUAACUUACUUCGGAGGAGACAAAAAAGCUGGCUUAGAGCCAGAUAAUGAAUGCAAAGAUAUUUGGCUCUCUCUAGGAUUACUGCCAUCUCACGUUCUACCAGGAAGUAUGAAAGAUAAUUUUUGGGAGAUGGGUGAAACUGGACCAUGUGGUCCAUGCAGCGAAUUACACUUUGAUCGUAUUGGGGGCAGAGAAGCUGCACAUCUAGUCAAUAUGGAUGAUCCUGAUGUUCUUGAGAUUUGGAAUCUUGUGUUUAUACAGUUCAAUAGGGAAACAGAUGGUGGACUACGUCCUUUGCCCAAAAAACAUAUUGAUUGUGGCCUGGGUUUAGAACGCCUAAUUUCCGUCAUACAAAACAAACGUGCGAAUUACGAUACGGAUUUAUUCAUCCCACUCUUUGAAGCAAUUCAAAAGGGCACAGGUGCACCUGCGUAUCAGGGUAGAGUAGGUGCCGACGAUAAGGAUGGCAUCGAUAUGGCCUAUAGAGUUUUGGCCGAUCAUGCCAGAACCAUCACUAUUGCUCUAGCCGAUGGUGGAGUUCCAGAUAAUACAGGAAGAGGAUAUGUUCUGAGAAGAAUCUUGAGACGAGCCGUACGCUACGCUACAGAGAAACUCAACGCAAAACCAGGAUUCUUUAGUUCAUUAGUUAACGUCGUCGUCGAGCUACUAGGUGACGUAUUUCCUGAAGUGAGGAAAGACCCACAGUCCAUAAUCGACAUUAUCAAUGAGGAAGAAGAUCAAUUUCUCAAAACUCUAUCUCGUGGUCGCAAUCUUUUGAAUCGAACUAUAGCCAAAUUAGAAAAAACUAAAAUUGUACCGGGAGACGUUGCCUGGCGUCUUUACGACACCUAUGGCUUCCCGGUAGAUUUGACACAACUUAUGACAGAAGAGAAAGGUCUCACCGUAGAUAUGACUGCCUACGAAGAAGCUAAGAAACAAGCACAAAUCCUAUCCCAGGGCAAAGCUGGUGGUGUGGAUGAUCAAAUUAAUUUAGAUGUCCAUGCAAUUACGGAAUUGCAAAGCAAAGGAAUCAAACCAACCAACGAUCUGCCCAAAUACAAUUACACUGUAAAAUCUAAUGAUAAAAAUGCAGAAUAUCAAUUCACUCCAUGCACCAGCACUGUAAUUGCAUUACGUCGCGCCAAGCAAUUCGUAGACGAGGUGUCCUCAGGAGAGGAAGUCGGAGUUCUAUUAGAUCAGACAUGCUUCUACGCGGAACAAGGCGGACAGAUUUACGAUGAAGGAUUCUUGGUCAAAGUUGGUGAUGAGGAUACAGAAAUUCGUGUGAAGAACGUGCAAGUCAGAGGUGGAUAUGUUCUUCAUAUAGGAACAGUAGGUCAAGGAAAAUUGAAGAACGGAGAUAAAGUUCAUGCAAAUAUUGAUACGGCACGCAGAAGACUUAUAAUGAGUAAUCAUACGGGUACUCAUGCCCUGAAUUUUGCUCUUCGCAAAGUACUUGGUGGUGAGGCUGAUCAGAAGGGUUCAUUGGUGGCUCCUGAUAGACUGCGGUUUGAUUUCACGAAUAAAGGUGCCAUGACUCCCCUUCAAGUCAAGCAAUCUGAAGAAUUUACGAAUGACUUAAUAAAGCGUAACGAAAUGAUUUAUGCCAAGGAAAGUAAUUUGAGUGUAGCCAAAACUAUCCAAGGUUUACGUGCCAUGUUUGAAGAAACAUAUCCAGACCCUGUAAGAGUAGUUAGUAUUGGUGUUCCUGUGGAAGAGUUGGAAAAGGAUCCCUUUAGCCCUGCAGGAACAAAAACUAGUAUUGAAUUCUGUGGCGGAACCCAUCUUCACUACACUGGACACAUUGGUGAUUUUGUAAUAGCCAGUGAAGAAGCCAUUGCUAAAGGUAUCAGGCGAAUAGUUGCUCUUACAGGACCAGAGGCGACAAAGGCUCUUAAGAAAACACAAUUAUUACAAAAUCAGCUCAAUCAAAUUCGUAAUUUGAUUGACAAUGAUAAGAGUGGUGCCAACUCGAAGGAUUAUGUUAAAAAAAUUGUAGAACUCACUGAAGAUGUGUCGCACGCUGUCAUUCCUUACUGGAAAAAGGAUGAAAUACGUAAUUCCCUGAAAGCCCUUAAAAAAGCUUUGGACGAUAAGGAACGUGCUGCUAAGGUUGCUGUGGCCAAUUUAGUAGUCGAAAAAGUACAGAAAAUUAUUCAGGCUAAUGUUGGAAUUCCCAUUUUGGUGGAAGUACUGGAAGCCUAUAGUAAUACCAAAGCAUUGGACUCCGCUUUGAAACAAGUUAAGACUAUAUCGCCUGAAACCAGUGCCUUGUUCUUAAGUGUGGAUCAGGAUGCUAACAAGAUUUUUGCUUUAAGUGCGGUACCAAAGACUGCUGUAGCUAAAGGAUUGAAAGCUAAUGAAUGGAUCCAAGCAAUCGCUCCACUAAUGAAAGGAAAAGGCGGUGGAAAACCUGAAUCUGCUCAGGCAUCCGGUUCAAACGUAUCAUGUUUGGACCAGGCUCUGGAGGUCGCUAAGACUUUUGCCAAUUCGAAAUUAGGAAUAUCACCAGAAGCUACAUGUCUAAAACCUGCUGUAUGCAGUAAACCCAAGACAAAUAAGGACCAGUCAUGUUCGAAACCAUCCUCUGAUUUGAUUUUGUAUACCAAAGUAGGAAAUGUGAGAGGUUACCGUGCUGAGAUAACAGCUAAAUUCAGUGGAAAAAUUGUUACUGUAAAAAAUGAUAACAACAAGAAAGAAUAUUUACCAAUUUUGGAGAUUAAGAAUGUUGAAUUAAGGGAUAGCAAUGCAAUUGCUUUCUACUUGGCAAAUGAUAAAUUGAAGGGCAAAGAUGUCUUUACUCAAAGUCAAAUAAUUCAAUGGAUAAGUUAUGCGGAUAAUCACAUUUUGCCAUCUGUAUUUGGUUGGGUAUUACCUAGUCUUGAACUAGGCACAUCUAAAAAUACUGGAUCCGUCAAGGUAGCUAAGGAAGAUUUACUUCAGUCUUUGAAGCAUUUAAAUAACAUAUUACUUACAAAAACUUUUUUUGUUGGGGAAAGAAUUACAUUAGCUGAUAUUUCCAUGUUUACUGCUCUUUUGCCAUUAUACGAGCACAUUUUUGAUCCAGAGACCAGAAAGAAAUUCGAAAAUGUCAAUAGAUGGUUUUAUACAAUUUUAAAUCAGCCAGAGGUAAAAGCUAUAGUGAAAGAUUUCAAAGUAUGUGAAAAAAAAACAAAGAAGGCUGCAUAAACUUAAAGAGGAUCUGGAAUUACAUGAAUUUAUUACUUAACUGUAUAACUAUUGAAUUUUAUAAAGAAACUUGGUGCUCAUCGCCGGAAGUCUCUUUCAGUUUAUUAUCAUAUAUUAUUCGAAUUUCUUUUAAUAAGGUCGACAAGUUGCUUCCAUUUUUCGCAGAUAUUGGAAUAAUGGGAAUAUUUGUCUUUUCCUUCAGCAACGUCAAGUUCUCCUACAACAAGGAUAAUAAAGUCUGUCUUGUUUAGGGUUUCUUUAAA